GAGAGAUUGAUCUUUCCUUUGCUGAUCCACUCCCCAGAUGCCUGCACAUAGCUGACCUGGGCUGGGCCAGGCUGAAGCUGGGUCAGGAACCCAGACCCGUGAGCCAUCAACUGCUGCUUGUCAGGGUGUUGUCAGGGUGUGCACCAGCAGAGAGUUGGCAUCCGCAGAGCUACGGCUUGAACUCAGGCACUCUGACAGGAGCUGCAGGCCUCCCAGAUGGUGCCUUAACCCCUGGGUCAAACCCCUACCCCUAAAGUUCUUCUUUUCUUAAUUCCAUUUUUCUGUGAGCUUUUUUGUAGGAACCUCUUGACCUUGAGAAUGCCCAAAAUGACCUUUUUACUCCCCAAGAUUUGUUGUCUGCUAAAAUACCCCUCCCCCCUGCUGUGCCCUCCUGGGGACAGGGCCCCUGGGGCUGCUGGGGUGUGGUCCUCUUCUUGGUGGGUCCUUCCCAGCCACCUCUCCGGGUACAAGUGCCAGUUGUCAAGGCUCUGAUCCGGAGGGGUUUUCCUGAAAGUCUUUGCCAGGAACAAUUUAAUUAUUAAGUAAGGUUGUAGUGCCGUAGUGCCGACUCUGGCCGCAUGUUUAGGUGAGCGUUUAAGGAGGUGCAGUUUCCAGCAGAAGCAGUUACUGAGGGCUACAGGUGGACUGAGUGCAUUAGAGAACCUCACGCGAAUCUCUCGGGCCAGGGCUGGUUCAUAUAUUGCUGCAUUUACUGGGUCCCUAAUCUGUGCUAAGAUUAGUCCUAGGAGGUUUAAUCUUUGCAGCAAUCUAUGAAGUAGAUAAUAUUGUGAUUCCCAUGGGGCAACUGAGGAUCGGAGAAGCUGAGUCACUUGUCUAAGGUCACACAGCUGAUGUUACAGCAUCGGGAGCCAAGCUUGCUUCUCUGAAUCUGAAGUCAUGGGCCUCCAUCACAUCUGCUUUCGCUUUUAUUCCUAGCUUCCCUAGGGGUCAGAACCAGCCACCCUGGCCUGACAUCCAUUAACCAGGUCCUGGGCGCCUGGCCCCUCCCUGCCUUCGCCCUUGCCUUGCGGCGCAAGUCACGGCAUUUCAGCUGUCCUCGGUCUCCCCGCACAUCUCCUGCAGAGGUUGAUGCUCCCUGCCCAGGCCCACGGCCAUGGCCAUGGCGGUGGCCCAGAAGUUCAGCCACUUCCUGUACAGUCUGCGCCAGGUCGCCCAGGUGUCUCCACAGCCAGAGCCUGUCUUCACGGUGGACCGAGCCGAGGUGCCGCCCCUCUUCUGGAAGCCGUACAUCUAUGUGGGCUACCGGCCGCUGCAUCAGACCUGGCGCUUCUACUUCCGCACGCUCUUCCAGCAGCACAACGAGGCUGUGAACGUGUGGACCCACCUGCUGGCGGCCCUGGUGCUGCUGCUGCGGCUGGCCGUCUUCAUGGGGACCGUGGACUUCCGAGGGGACCCGCACGCCCUGCCCCUCUUCAUCAUCGUCAUCGCCUCCUUCACCUACCUCUCCUUCAGUGCCCUGGCUCACCUCCUGCAGGCCAAGUCCGAGUUCUGGCAUUACAGUUUCUUCUUCCUAGACUACGUGGGUGUGGCCGUGUACCAGUUCGGCAGUGCCCUGGCGCACUUCUAUUAUGCCAUCGAGCCCUCCUGGCACUCGCAGGUGCAGGCCAUGUUCCUGCCCACAGCUGCCUUCCUUGCCUGGCUUUCCUGUAUGGGCUCCUGCUACAACAAGUACAUCCAGAAGGGGGGCCUGCUGGGCCGCACGUGCCAGGAGGUGCCCUCCAUGCUGGCCUACGCCCUGGACAUCAGCCCUGUGGUACACCGCAUCUUGGUGACCCCUGACCCUGCCGCAGACGACCCCGCCCUGCUCUACCACAAGUGCCAGGUGGUGUUUUUUCUGCUGGCUGCUGCUUUCUUCUCUACCGUCAUGCCCGAGCGCUGGUUCCCCGGGAGCUGCCACGUCUUCGGGCAGGGCCACCAACUCUUCCACGUCUUCUUGGUGCUGUGCACGCUGGCUCAGCUGGAGGCCGUGACGCUGGACUAUGAGGCCCGGCGGCCCAUCUAUGAGCCUCUGCACACCCACUGGCCCCACAACUUCUCCGGCCUCUUCCUGCUCACCGUGGGCAGCAGUGUCCUCACGGCGUUCUUCCUGAGCCAGCUCGUGCGGCGCAAACUCGAGCAGAAGACCAAGUGAGGGGGAGGCAGCUGGCAGGGAGGGAGGUGUAGUGGGGGAACAAGGCCUGGUAAAGUUGGUUGUGUCUGGCCCGCGGUGACUCCCUGCGCACUCAACGCCAAGGGUGGCACUAGCCAGUGCUUGGAUUUGGGGACUGGCUCAGAGCUGCUUGGGUCCACUGCUGGACCCGCCUCAGCUCCCUGUCCUGGGAGAGGGACAGAGAUGAAGGUUUGGGCCAUCCUGACGCGCCCCUUUACUGCCCCUCUCUAGGGGUGAAUUUGGGGCUCCCGGAUUAUUUGGGUGAGAGGUGAAACUUGGAUCACAGUCAGAUUUGAGCUGAGAGGCAGGAGAGGCCUCAGCAGCCCACCUCUAUCCAGAUGUCAUUGGUGGAUGGGGAAGAGGCAGGCCCAAACUUGGUGUGGAAUCUUACUGUCCCUUGAACCGUAGUUCGCGAGGCGUUGGCGCUCCGGAGAGCCCCCAGAAGUAGAAGAUCGUGCCAGAUGCACAUCGACCUCACUUGGGACCCCCUACUCCUCCAGUCACUGCCCCAGUGAGCCCCAGAUCUCCUCGCUCUGGCCUCCUUGUCCCGUGCAGCCUGUUCCCAGCUUCUCUCCUGGUUUCCUGGCUCACGAUUCCGUUAUCUACUCAGUGUUUCCUGAGACAGAGGCAGGCUACCCAGCUGGGCCCUGUGGAUUGAUGCAGGAUGGUGAAGAGCCCUGGGGAGGGAACAGUCAGCUUUCCCGAGGCCCUGAGGCUCUCGGGCUGGGGAGGGUAAACAGGAGCUUGCUCAGAACAGGACGGACAUUACAGGCAGACGGGAAGAACCUGUGCAAAGGCCCAGAGGUGCAGAGGGAAGAGUUAGGGGAGCUGAGCUAGUGGUGGCCUGCACUCUGACAGGUCCUGGAUGCAAUAAAGUGACUGUAACUACA